AUGGCUCAGAGAAAUGACAGUCAACAGUUCACUAAUCAUGGUUUUCGGAUGCCAAGAUUCGGCAGGGGAAGAGAUGACAUAAACAGCAGGGCUUCCCAGGUCGUCAACUGUUUGUUGAAAAUAUACAAAUCAACUCUUAAAAUUGCGACAUGGAACGUAAGAAGUAUGUACGAGCCUGGAAAGUUAAGAAACAUAGAGCAGGAGAUGGUGCGACUAAAGAUUGAUGUUGUUGGAAUAAGUGACACAAGAUGGAUUGGUUCGGGUGAACUUAGUACAGAAAAUGGACGAGUUUACUACUCUGGCAAUGAUGACACUCAACACCGCUAUGGAGUGGCCGUAAUUCUUGACAGAAACGUAGUAAAAUCAGUAACAGGCUUCAUACCAAUGUCCGAAAGAGUUAUGUUGCUACAACUGAUGACAACUCACGGAAAACUAAACCUAAUACAAAUUUAUGCUCCUACAGCUGACAAAAACGAAGAAGAGUUAGAAAACUUUUAUAGUGACCUUCAAAAGACAUUACGACUAACUGCAUCUAGAGAUAUAACAGUAGUUAUGGGUGAUUUUAAUGCUAAAAUCGGCGAAGGAAGAUGUGACUCUACAGUAGGGCAGUACGGACUUGGUGUACGCAACGAGAGGGGCGAUCGUCUUGUUGAAUUCUGUCAAGAAAAUAAUCUUGUGGUAACGAAUACGUUUUUCAAACUUCCCAAGAGACGUCUGUAUACAUGGAAAUCACCAGCUGACAAAGACAACAACAUCGUCAGAAAUCAGAUCGAUUACAUCCUAAUAAAACACAGAUAUCGAAACGCAAUAAAAACGGUAAAAGCUUACCCUGGUGCGGACGUAUCAUCUGAUCAUAAUCCUCUUAUUGCUAGGUUUCAGUUACAGCUAAAAAAGAUGCAAAACAAGCAUAAAAUCAACGCAAACUUAGAAAAAGCCACCACCAAAUCUCAGCAAAAUGAGGAAAGCGCAGAACAACAAUGGCAGUUCCUUGAAACAGCACUUAUAGAACCAAGUAAAAAGGAACUUAUAACAAGCAAACAUAAGAAAGAAGAUUGGAUGACAGACGGAAUCUUGGAGUUAAUGGAUGAAAGAAGAAGAUGCAAGUCAAAUAACAACAUUCGAUACAAGCAGCUACAAAUCCAAAUAAGGCGAAAAAUAAGAGAAGCAAAAGAAACAUACUUCUCUGAUAAAUGUAAGGAGAUAGAAGAUUUACAAAACAAGUAUGACAACUUUAAUCUAAACAAGAAGGUCAAAGAGCUCGCGGGAAUGAAUAAAAGAAAUACUUCAAAUAUACUCCUCGACAAAGAAGGAAAUAUCAUAAUGGAAACUGAACAAAAACUAGAGCGAUGA